UUUUUUUUUAUAGGCAUGUCCAAUCAAAAGAAUAAUACAGCUAUACAGUCUCGAUUCCAUGUGGAUCCCAAACACAUUAACAAUAAAUUUGAAGGUUACAAACUUUAUCCUUUUCCAGAAUCUACCGAUUUGACUCGAACUCCUUUACCUUCAGGUAAUUUGGAUGUCUCUCGUGAAGGUCAACAACAUAGUACUCGAUUAGGUUUCCGUGAAUUACAAGCUCGUGUUCGAUUUAAUCAUUUGGCUUAUGGUUGUCCAAUAAAUGAACAUGUUGGUGUAUCUUACUUUGUGGAUGAAGAAUAUACAGUAAAGGCCGUUACUUUUGAUAAGAGGGAUUCAACCACACAUUUUUCUACACUUGUUACCUUGACUCGACCACUUCAUGGUAUUCCCAACUAUGCACAACCUGAUCGAACUGUCCCGUUAUGUCCAGAAUAUCCUUCUUUAAUUGCACUUGGUCCAGAAUUAGUAUUAGCUUGUAAUGGUGUUGGUGAUAUUGAACUCAUAGGUAUAGAACAACAAGGACAAAAUAAACUUCUUGGUACCACUUUAUCCCAUGCUAUAUAUGAAGGUGAAGGUAAUGAAGGUAUCUCUCCCGUCCCAUGUGUGCUUUUGGCGGCAAGAAGAAUCAAAUCCAAAGUGAUCAUGGUGGUUUAUAGUCAAGCAGCUACUAAGAAAACACGCUUCAAUAUUGCAACAUUGGAAAUGGAUAUUCCGACCUCACCUACUACUACUUUAGAUCUACCUCUUACUACUAGACAUAUUCAACAAGGACUGGAAGUACCUGUUUAUUGUGCAAUCACGGCGGAUGGAUCUCAAUGUAUUUAUGGAAGUGAGGCUCGAUAUAGCCGUCUAUCACCUGAUCAGAAUGACACUAGAUCAACCGCAACAGAGAUGGAAAUCGACAAAGCUAGACAACAUUCUAUAGACACACAACAACCAAUAUAUCAAUGGACACAGGAUGGAUCAGAUAUUACCAUACAGUUUGAACUUCCUGCUGGAACACCAUCUGCAGCUAUCAGUUGUCAAAUUACUCGAGAUCAUUUGAUGUUAAUUGUUCGUGCUCAACAAGUGGAAUUCUCGUUUCCUUAUCGUAAAUGGUGGACUAAUAUUAUUCCUGGUGAAUCUACAUGGACAAUUGAACCUUCUGGACUUUUAUCCCUUUUUAUUGUCAAACAAGAUGCAAGAUCAAGAUGGCCUCAUAUAUUUGAAACCGAUGAUGGUGUUUUGGAAACAAUUGACAAGGAAAGAUUAAAAGAAAUUGCAAAACAAAUGGAAAAAUUCACGUCGGAUACUGUUGACAAUGGACCUUUGAUGCAACAACACCCAGCAGCGACGGAUAUGGAUGAAGACGUGGAUGAACAUGGUCAACCUAUUACGUUUGAAAUCUUUGAUAUGAAUGGUGAAUGUAUUCAAGAAAUCACAUCCAGUGGACAAGAGUGGCUAAGUAAUGCAUUUGAAUCACCUACAACACAUCAUCAACAUCAUUAUCAAGGUUUGGUUCCUCCUUCUGUUGUAUGUAAGAGUGAUGUGGAUGGAUUGGUCUAUACAUGGGAUAAUCAACACAAUUUGACUCAUACAGCUACAUUUGAUGCUUUUGGAUUUGUACAAGCAUCUAAACGUGACAGCCGAUUUGUACGCCAUGAUCCUGGACUUGGGUUUAUUACCAUAGUGGAAAGUAGCCGAAACUGUUAUAUUUAUUACCGACAUGACGAUCAUCGGUUGAUUGAGAAGCAAACUUUGGUGGAUCUGACACAAGGUCAUGAUGUGGAUAUUUUAGGUGUGCAAUUGAUUCUUGAUCGAAUCUUGAUGGUAUUGACAGAAUCUGAAAUCAUUACUAUUUUAGUCUAGUUAUUAUAAAUUUUUUUUUAAAAAAAAAAUAAAUUUAAACUGAUAAAUGGAC